AUGCGCACUUUUGCUUCAUCGCCGACGCCCAUUGUGGCCAGGCGCGACGACGACGGAAAUAUCGUCGACAGAGACAGCCAGGCAAGCGGCAUCCGGGCCAUGGUAAUGAGUGUGUCUUACCUCAAGAAAUACGAAGUACUGCGCAGGAUCUCUCCACCGCGGCCAGUGCCUCCUCGUCGCGGUCCAUUCAUUGCCAUCGAGGGCCACAAUGCUGCUCUUCGAGAUGCUGUCGGCCGUAUUGUGGAGCGAGCACUUGUCUCCUGCGGCGAGUGCAACAUCCGCAGUUGGACCAUGGCCCCUCUGGAAGGAGACGAGGCCGAUGGCGUUGCCUCUGGAAUUCAUGGUACGCAGAAGAGAAACACAGACAGCGGCGUGGGAAGCAGCAUCCAUGGCGAAGAUGUGAGCAUGGCACCCAGCCCAGAGUCUGGUGGUGACUGCAACAGCCGCCGUGGGAGUACAAGCUUUGAGAGCGCCCACCCAACGUCGCUCUCUUUUACCAUCAGCACGAUCGAGGAUCUUAUGCGGCUCGUUCCAACCUGGCACAAGAUCGCGACUGAAAUCAACGAUCACAUUCACACGGAUGGCGGCAGCUCGGAGAUUUUGGGGUCGGUUCCGUUGUCGAGGAAGGGGAAAGACAUCUCCAACGGUCCACCAUCACCAGCCAGGUCUCCAAUGGACUUGCGACUCUCGCCGGCCUCACUGUCUUCGGCAUUGCAGAGUGAAGGUUCGUCCAAAGCAUCUGAGAGCUCUCGGAUGGUACAGACCUGUGACGGUUCACAAGCCUCUGCCAGCCCCUCCCUUCACUCGACAACGACAGCACUCGCAAAUUCACAGCCAUCCCAACUCUUGCCUGUGGCGCUGGUCACCACUGGAUACAGCCUUGCCAUUGCGGACAAGUGUGCGAUUUCCAUCCCCAUCAACGACUCGUUCCCCCCCAUAGCCCACUGGGAAUACAUGGCCGGACUAUGGCGUGGCACACCAGGGCCAGACUUGGUGGUCUACGCCGAUCCCUCACCACCGCCUUUAACCAGCAAUGGGGCACGUGGCCCCACUGUCCACUUCAUGGACCAAGAGGGCAUUCUUGUUGCCCACAUCCCGCCUCCCAAGACAGCAGUAGACAAGCAAGUUGGCAGCGCGGACCAUAGCAAAGACACCAACAGCAACGACAAGGAUGGUGAUGAUGAUGGAAGCAGUGUCAUGGACCAAAAGACGGAAAGGCGGUUGACGUUUGAGAUCUUGGAGCUGGUGCGUUCGGGAAACUUUGGAGCAUUUAAAGAAGAGACCUAG